AUGCCGGAUGCUGAGGUCUCAAAGCCUAGCCGCGGUGGCAAAGUGGCCAUCCAUCGAGCAUCGUGGGUCUCGGCAGAUCGGCGGGGCGCGGGGGCCAUGCUCGUCGGCGCGCAGGGGGGUGGCGGCGGAUCGUGCGCGCUGGACACGCGGGCUGGGCACAAAAGCACAAACACCCCGGGCCCGACCGAAAAUCGCACGACGGCUGGGCCAGACGUCGCGCCGCUGGCCAAACCAAGCCGGUUUGCGGUCGAGCCGGUCGAGCUGAUUGGGCCGGCGAAGAGUUUCGGAUCGGAGCACACCAACCUGGCCGACGCGGAGCGGCCAAAGUCAAAAUCGGAGGUGCGAGCGAGUCGAAAAAUCGAGAAAAAAUAG